GGGGCGCAGAGGCUUGAAAUAUUUAAGAAAGGACCGCGCGAACCCUCUUCUUCUUUCUUUCAAUAUGUUCCAAUGGUGACGAGCGCUACAUCCUCUCCUCUGAUAGACGCUAGUAACGAGUAGUGCCAUUGUGUAGCAUUUAUUUUGACACUGAAUUAUGUUGAAGUGUGUUACGAGGUCAUCUCACUCUGCUGCCCCAACCGGUCUGCUCUCCUAUGCGUAAUAUGCAUUCGCAGCUCGUUUUUGUCAAAGAGUGGUUGCUCCUCGCACUGCUCUGUGCACUCAUCCCAACAUCAACAGCUUAGAGAGUACGAGGGAGAUAAGAAGAGACAACGUCAAGCUUUGAUUUCGCUUUCGUUGCACAAACACUUGAUGCGGUUGACAACGGUAUCACACUGGGGUAAAAGUUAAUCAAAUUUAAUCCUGAUAAGAGCGAACAGGGAUUAAUAAAAUGCUAGUCAAAGACACGUUCUUGGUCUUUAUGAUAUGCGCAUUUUCCACGCUGCAAGCCGCGCCUGUGCAUCCCACGUUAGAAUGCACGUCUGGCCUUCGUGUCCAUCUCACAGUCAGCUCCAUCGCCAACAGAUCGACCUUAAACCAACUCGAGCUCAACUGGAUGGGAGCAAGCCCUGCCAGUGGAGACUGGAUCGGUAUCUUUAAUUCUGACCCGACUGUGUCUGGCACGGCCAAUCCCCUGGAGAGGCUCGAUUUGAGCCCAACCGACGCCUGCGAAGGCUUCUAUGUGACCAACACUAUGGUGGACAGUUACGUGAAUUCCAGCUCCGAACUUGGAUUCGUUUCAAAAUGCCUAGACUACCACAUUGGAUACGUGUCAAGCGGCGGCCAGGUCUUGGCGAGCAGUUGCCUCCGCCUUGAGCCAACCUGGAUGGCCGAUAUGGUUGGCCUCGGGGAUCAAAUCAUAAAGGACAUUUUUAUUCCCGGCACACACGACUCAGGCGCUUACAGCAAAUACGAUCCCGUUCUGGGCGACACGCUUGUCUUGAAAUAUACGGUGACCCAGGAUGAAGACCUGCUUGCGCAACUCAUCAGGGGAGUGAGAUAUCUCGAUAUCAGGCCUGCCUACUAUGGACCUCAAAGGGCUGAAAACCAAACAGGAUUUUGGAUAAACCACGGCGCUUUCCAAAUCCACCGCCUUGAGGUGGUUGUAGCCCAAGUUCAGCAGUUCUUGGCGAACACUGAAAAUGAAAUAGUCAUUUUCGACGCCCGGGAAUUCCCCUACGGUUUCAACAGCGAUGCUAUUCACGAAAAACUGAUUGCAUAUCUGCAGCAGGAGUUCUCGCAGUAUAUCAUCCCGCGUGGGUCAGAAGGAUGGAGCUCGAGAAUAAGCGAUUUGAGGGCUUCCGGUGGAGGAAAGUUAAUUAUUUCUUAUGAUAAUUACAAUAUGUACAGCAAGUACGAUUGGCUUUGGAAUCGAGUUGAGCACAAAUGGGGCAACGUCAGAACACUUGAAGACCUUUACAGUUAUUUGAGUGAGGUUUCAGCACCUACAAAUAACGCGUGGUCCGCGAUGGCUGAAUUGACGCCAACAGCAUGGGAUGUUAUCACUGAUGAACUCGGUGGACUAAGAAAAAUGGCAGAUUCAGUCAACAGGAACGUAACGUCGUGGUACCAGGGCUCGUGGGGCCGAACUGCGAACGUGGUCGCGGUUGAUUUCUACCGUGGGUCGGACAUUGUAAGGACUGCAAUCGAAUGGAACAAGCAGAAGAUCAGCUCAGGCCAUAUAAAAUGCGCAAACAAGUGGGAGAGAAGCCAGCACCGCCUGAGAAGAUUGUUUCAAUUUUUCCAGUUCAAAUUCUUUUAAAAUCAGGGUCACACUGAACCAGCACCGAUUAGUAUUAGUUUUAUCUUAAACUGUUAAUUUUUUAGGCAUUUUAUAUUUUUCCAUUCAAAUUAAUAUCAUUGCCUCGUAAAAAAACGAAUUUUUAUU